UCCGGUAUAGUGCAGUGAUUCAAAAUAAGGGGUAGUAUGUGUGACGUCACCCUGACGAAGGCCAAACGAAGGUGACAGUUGUGGUUGCAUGAUAGUGUAGUAAUUAUGAACUGUUCAAGAGUGGAUAUUAGGCGGCGGAGGUGCGAAUGUCGGUACAACAUGACAUCCAUUGCGUCACAUCUAAAAAAGUCAAUAGCUCUAUGGCUUCUCUUAGCUUUAAUAAAUAGUCGAGUAUCUGCUGGCGAAUUAUGGCCGAUGGAGAGGCCGGAGGGUAUGCCCGUUAUCCAGUCACUAGAGGUCAUGUGCGGGAAGGACCACAUGGACGUGCACCUCACGUUCUCGCAUCCCUUCGAGGGCAUUGUCUCGUCUAAAGGUCAGCACGGUGACCCGAGGUGCGUGUACGUGCCACCAUCGACGGGCCAGACGUAUUUCUCGUUCAGGAUCGCGUACGCCAAGUGCGGGACCAAACCAGAUCUGCACGGACAGUUCUACGAGAAUACGGUUGUGGUGCAGUACGACAAAGAUCUGCUAGAAGUUUGGGACGAAGCCAAGAGACUCCGCUGCGAGUGGUUCAACGACUAUGAGAAGACGGCCUCGAAGCCCCCCAUGGUUAUCGCUGAUCUGGAAGUGGUCCAAUUGGACUUCAGAGGAGACAAUGUGGACUGUUGGAUGGAGAUUCAAGCUGGGAAGGGGCCUUGGGCUCCUCCUGUCUCUGGUAUAGUCCCCUUAGGGUCCACUCUCACUCUGGUCGUGGCCAUCAACGACUAUCGAGGUGAAUUUGACAUGAGAGUUAAGUCUUGCGCUGCCUCAGACGGCUCAGGUCAUGUCAUACAGCUAUCCGACGAAUAUGGAUGCGUGUUGAGGCCUAAGAUGAUUUCCAGAUUCCUUAAAGCGAAAGCGGCAGAUGAAAGGGCAUCGGUCAUAACUUAUGCGUUCUUCCAUGCUUUCAAAUUUCCGGAUGCUUUGAGCGUGCAUAUUAGGUGUAAAGUGGAGAUCUGCAGGCACGGAUGUCUGGACCACUGUCAGCUGGCCGGUCUCUCCCCUCAACGACACGGCGCUUUGGACAGGAAAGACGACAGAACUCAUCAAGACCAUAAUGAGAUUAAUGACUCAACGGCCGAAGAUGAUACAAGUAUGAUCGAAAACCAACGCCUUCCAUUAGAAGAGGCAUUCGGUGAUGAAGUGUCUGGUGAAGCGGUACCAGCUCCGGUACCACUGCUGCAGCGAUCACCAGCACCCGUCGUCGAACCUGACACAGAUCAUCUUGCUGCUGUUGAGGAAUUAGCUGAGGCUCUAUCCAGGCCUUUCAAUGACCAUCCCACGGAUCUCAGUGAUCGAGAAAGGUUCCCACAUGGCCCACGCAACUUCAACUCCAAGCCUGAUCUCGGAGAAGAAGUUAUGAUCAAGCCUCCUAGUCCCGCUGUCGCUGGCCCCAGGUCUUUGAGGAAAAGGCGUAAUGUCCGCGAUGCCAGGUCUGCAGAUGUUGGCGUUUCGGGCAUUUAUGAAGUAGUGUCUGAGGCUGACCUAGAUUUUGGGCCAAGUGGACCAACCAAAGAACCGGUUACUGUCUUUAGCGGAAGGAUACGAGAAGAGGUGGUCUACGGCAUUUGUAUGGGAGCGGUAAGUUUCGGGGCAUUAUUCGCGUCGGCUGCCGGCGCUGCGGCGGGCGCGGCGUUUGCUGCCGCGAUCAUGUUGCACAGAAUACGGACGCGGAGACCCCCGCCGCCCGCGCCGCCCGCCCCGCCCCUCGCCGCACACUCCCUGGCCGCCUGGAUGGCCUUGAGACUUUUAGGCUCUCCUCCACACCCGCAUAUGUCACGCGAGGGAUGAUGGCGUGUUAGAUUGUUAUUCCGUUUUUGUCCGUAAUGUUCUUUACUCGUCUUCCAACAUAAGAAUUGUGUCUAAGUUUACACAUGGAGAUUUUUUUUUAUGUGACUAAAAACUUCUAUAUUUUCAUGCAAACAAACCCUACGUUAUACGUAAGAUGAUUGUUACCUUGAAUAUCAUUCAAUAUAAACGGCUUAUGGCGAUCGAUGUCUGUGUGAAAACUCUCUCCUAUGUUAUAAUUGUAUACGAAAAUCUCACCGCUCUUUCUCGAAAAACUCUGUGUGUAAAUGAAUCCUUAAUACCUCCC